UGGAAAUCUAUGUGCAUUAUUUAACCAACCAGAUGAUAGAUUUUUUACUUAAAAUAUUAAUUAAAUAGUUAUUUUAACAACCAAAUCAUACAAGAUCUGGUUUGUAUUGUGAUAUUGUUCAAGAAAUUCACACAAAUAUGUUUGACCCUAAGCUGCUCACACCUCAAGAGAAAAAGGAGGCUAAGAGGAUCGAAAGAACAAAAAAAUUAGAUGAAGAAAGGAAGGCGAGAAUUUUUAAUGCCAGGCAAAGAUUAAUCGGGGUCGAUGUCGAAGCUCUUCAAGCUCAGAUUAAAGAAAAGAAGGCUCGAGAGGAAGCUGAACUAGCCGAAUCAAAAGCUCUAUACAUGAAAGAACUCAAUGAUAACUAUAUUGUAAAUAAUAUCCAAAGGCAAGUCGAGGAAAAUAGGAAAAUUGUUUUAAAUGAAAUAAAUCGUUUUCGAAUGGAACAUCAACGAAAGGAAGAAAGAAGAGAAUUCGAUUUGAAUGAUCCAGAUGCUCUAAAAAAAAGUUUGCCUUGCAGGAUAGCAGAUGAUGACCCAAGAUUGACGAUAUCGUCAGUUCAGAAAUUUGAAGGCGAAGACAGUGCAGCAAAUGAAAGAGAUAAAAUAAAGAAAGAACAGCAAAAAAAUUGGCUAGUCCAACAGAUUGUAGAAAAAAAAAAUUUAGAAAACCAGAGAAAACAAUCGGAUAAACUGUUAUUAGAAACGAUAAAAACUCGUGACACUAGGGCCAAAGUUAUGGAUAAGCUUAAUAGAGAUUGUAGAAGACAGAUUGAAUUAGCUACAGUAGCCUACAAUCAAGCUCUUUCUUAUGAGCAGGCGACUGAGAGAAAGUUGAGAGAGCAAAUGGAACGAGAAAAUAAUAAAGUAGAAAUCAAUAACGCUCUAACAAGCGAUCUACUGUGCGAAAAUACUGAUGUAGCCCAGAGCAACCUAGGUCAAGGGAAACAGGUAGGCUCCCUUUACAAAGGAAUGUCAGAAGAGGAGAAGAAAGAAAUUUUAAAAAUACAAGAACAACAAAGAGAAGAAUUAAGGGCCAAGAAGGAGGAAGAACUGGCCUAUGAGAAAUAUUGGCUCGACUUCACCGACAGGUUGAAUAAAAACAUCCAUUUUAUGGAUUUACAAAAAGAAGAGAUGAAGAAAGAAGAACUGAGAAUGAUGUAUAAACAAAAUGAAACACUUGGUAAAGAACAAAAACUUCGGCGCGAAUACUUGGACAAAGUUGUUUACACUAACACACCAACAGCAGCAUUCUAUAACCAGUUUAAUAAAACUACAAGAUAAAUAAAAAAUAUAAAUUUCAUAAAGUGAUUAUAAACAAGAAGCAUAAUUUAUAUUUAUUUUUUAAUACAAAUAGUUUAUUAUCUUUCAAAAAUUUUAAUUUUCUGUAAUGAAACCUUAACAAAAAUAAAGGAAGGAGAUGGUCCGGGGUUGCGGUUAUAAAAA